CUAGGACUUGUUGAUUUUAUAGCUGAAGUAUUUUUCUUUUGUUUUUCUUUGUCUUUUGUUUCAUUCUUUUUUUCAGUGAGUGCAAUAAUGAAAGUAAACGUUGGUAACUUAUCAGGAAAAAAUAACGGCAAUCACAGAUAUGAAACCGAUGUAAAUUUGUUUUUAAUAUCACAGAGAAAUGGACAGAAAUCUGGCUCGGAGUGCGGGCUGUGAGUGACAGUCGUGAGAAGGAAAUCUAAAAAGGCAGCGGGAUUUAUUUUUGUGCGACGCAAAUGCAGAACGAUUUUGGCACUGGGGGACUCUUUUAUCAAAAGAUGAAUCAGUGUUUUUGUUUGACCGUCAUGCUUGACUGACAUUAAAAUUAAUUUUUGAGGGAGGGGACGAGAUCAGGAGGGACAAGGAGCUCGCGCACGCCUGUGUGUGUGUGCACGCGUGAAUGCGUUGAGACAGUAUGAGAAGCGGCUCUCUGACAAUCAGACCCAGUGCGGACAGAGAUCUGGAGAGUGUGUGCUCUCGAAGCCGGGAUAUUAGUGCCUGCGGUGUCAGUGCCGUGUGAGUAUGGGACAUGUGCGCUCGGCUUCGUGCCUCGGCUAUCUGAGUUUUGCUUGCAGGUCUCUAACUUGCUGCAGCUGCAUCAAACAAAGUCUGUUCCCACAAACGGAUAAAAUCGAUACCGCUUUGCUUUAGUAUGACCUUGAACCCAAAUCUUCGCAAUGAUUUGCAUUUUGAGCCUGACAGAUUUCUGCUUAAAGGGGGAAAAAUUCGCUUUUGUGAUUUUAUUAUCAUCAUCAGUAUUUACACAUUUUUAUCCUCUCCAGCUGGCACUGGCAUGUGACUCUUCUUGUACUUUUGUUCAGUGGACUGCUUAAUUGGGUCUGUCUAUUAGCCUGGAGGAGGUUUUAAUAAUGUAAAACAAUAAGGCUGAAGUCAGUGCGGGUAAGCUGAAGCAGAGCGACUGUAAAGGGAUACUUCGGCUCCCCACCAACAGGCUGUUGCGCAUAGCGGCCGUGCGCCGUCUCAUUAACGAGAUCACUUUACAACCAGUCAAACAAAUAGGUCAUUAUCCAUCACUGCCUGCUCUGCCUGUAUUCACCAGCCUCAAACCCGCAACUCUCAUGUCUCACUUUAUCCAAAUUAUAUAUAAUCAACUGAUUUUAAUUUAUUUACUUAUGAUAAUUUCAGUUAGUUUAUGCUUUGAAUAUACAAACAUCAACUUCUCAGGACACAAAUCAAAUUUCGGCUCCAAAUGUAUUUUAAUGCCUUUAGAAUAUUGUAAAUGGGAAAAAAAACAAACAAAAAAGAUGUCAUUAUACGUAAAAUUUUCAAAAUUACUUUAAACUUGUUUACUUCAUAAAAAUAUCAGUGAAUAUUAUUACACCAUAUGCUUUUAAUUUAGGCCGUAUGUAGUUUAAGUCGACGUUACUCUACGAGCUACGUAAACAUACAUAGACUUCCUCUUCUGUGAUUCAGCUGACGUCCGUUACAGUAAACUGAAUUGAAGCGCUGUAUGUGGUCUUCAGACGCAUAUCUACUCUUUGAGGGGAAGGUGGCUCCACUUUUGGUCACCUGCCCGGCGUCACCUGGUAAACGAUACGGCUUCUCUGCGCAUGCGUAAUAGACUGCCAAAAAUCCUAACACCGUAUCGCCUGACGACCAAUAGUGUUCCAAUCUGUCCAGAGAUAAAGUCAGAGCAGCGCUGAGGGGACAGACGUGAAGGAUUUCGGACCCGAGCAGCGCCGAGCUUUAAGACUGAAGAAAACUUCAACAACAUGCCGAGAUCUUUCCUGGUGAAAAGCAAAAGGGCCCACAGCUACCACCAGCACCGCUACUUCGACGAUGACUACAGUAGACUGGACACUAUUAUGGCUGAUGUGUGCGCAGAAACAAAAUCUCAAGCCGAGUUCGAUUCCAAUCUGGAGCAGGAAGACGUGAGGACCGGCGCUGACAGACUGUCCCCUGGGUCGCGGCUGAGGUCCCCGAGGUCUCUGUCCUCCAGCUCCCCGCUGAGCUGCGGAGGCAGCGCCUGUGACCGGUCCUCCGACUGUGAUUUCUGGCGUCCCCCGUCCCCCUCGUCCUCACCAGAUUCUGAGAAAUGCUCCACUCCUGCAGCGGAGGACGGUCACUCGAACAUGCCAAUCUUCCCGUACUCCUGGUCGGCAUACUCAGGAACCGAGCUGAGACAUCUGGUUCAGGGGUCUUAUCACCACCACCUCCAGAGCCACAGGGAGUCCCAGUCACCUAUAAGCAUCUACAGGGGAGAGGACAGCGGCAGUGAGUCCCUUUAUGUACAGCGGGGCCUCGCGGCCGGAUGUUACCAGGGUUAUUCUUCAACGGCCCAAAUCUGCAGGAUGCGGGACAGAGACGAGCUGUAUCUGGAUGCGAAGCAACAGGCCCGCGUGGCGGAAAUCAAGUCUGAGAACGAUUUCAUCCGCGCAAACCUCGAGUCGAGUGGAUCAUACAAGUGCAUUAAAUGUUGCAAGGUGUUCUCCACGCCUCACGGGCUGGAAGUUCACGUGCGGCGGUCGCACAGCGGCACGCGGCCGUUUGAGUGUGGGAUAUGCGGAAAAACCUUCGGACACGCAGUGAGCUUGGAUCAGCACAGAGCGGUUCACUCGCAGGAGAGGAGCUUCAGCUGUAAGAUCUGCGGCAAAAGCUUCAAGCGCUCUUCAACCCUCUCUACGCACCUGCUCAUCCAUUCCGACACGCGGCCUUAUCCGUGCCAGUACUGCGGGAAAAGGUUCCACCAAAAGUCAGACAUGAAAAAACACACUUUCAUUCACACAGGUGAGAAGCCGCACAAGUGCCAGGUGUGCGGGAAGGCCUUCAGUCAGAGCUCCAACCUCAUCACGCACAGCAGGAAACACACGGGCUUCAAGCCCUUCGGCUGUGACCUCUGCGGGAAAGGUUUCCAGAGGAAAGUGGAUCUGAGGAGGCACAAAGAGACGCAGCACGGACUGAAAUAAGCAGGAGUUCAUCGAAACUUGUGGCGCUUUAAGUUUGCUGUAAUUGGUUUAUUUCCCCCCUACUUAGCCUAAGAUACGCUGAUUGUUUAUUUAUCUGUUGUGUUUUUAUUAUUAUGAAAAAAAAAACUACUAAAUAAUUUCACAAGCUUUUAUAAGCUUACCGUGCUGUUUUAGUCAGCCUUUUUAACGGAUUAAAUAUUAACUUAAGGAGCGCAGUUGUCAUUUUUUCCCCAUAUUUCUACAUUUAAUUACCGGUUAAACACAUGUAGUUUUUAUCCACAAACAUCUACUCUACCGGCUAAACCCACCGUUCACCGGUCCACUCGUUUGACCCGUGAACAAACGAGAAGCUGUGCGCUCAGCCGUGCAGACCCAUCAAUCACGUCUCGGAGUUAUAUCUCAGAUAUUAAAUAGCAGAAACGUUUCGCUGCAUGCGCCACCUGGUCAAAACCAAAUAUUUUCAGACAAGCGCAUUGCUGGCAUACCCGUAUAAUAAAUGAUAUUAUGGCGCCAUAAAACCUCCACGUAAAGGAAGUCGGGAGAAAUAGCGCUGGUUUUAUUGCAGGAGGAGCUCCUCUAGCAGCAGCAAUAAGCAGCGUGCCCACAUGGCGUUUUCACUCAGGGGAGAGA